UAAGCUUUGGCCAACAAUUAACAAUCAAUCAAACACCCUCUGUAUAAAUAAAAUCCUCCCCCCUCCCUCCUUCAUUGUCCUAGUACUCCACCAAUAUUAUUUCCAUUAAUUCUCAAAUAACACUGCCUAUAGUCCCUUCCUACUUGCUUCCAUGGAAGGGCAACAACCACUAGUGGCCAUGAUGCCAAGUCCAGGCUUGGGACAUCUCAUCCCAUUCAUCGAGUUCGCCAAGAGACUCCUCCGCCACCAUAACCUCCCAGUCACCAUCUUCAUCCCCAACGAUGGUUCUGAACCCUCUAAGACUCAAACCACCUUACUCAACUCCCUCCCACAUGGCAUUUCCCAUGUCUUCCUCCCUCCUGUCACCCUCUCUGACUCUGACAUUCCACCCAACAACCAAAUCUUGUACAUCCUAUCUCUCACCAUCAACCGCUCUCUCGCUUCUCUCCGUCAUGCCCUCCUCUCUCUCACGGCGUCACAACAAGUUGCUGCCCUCCUUGUCGACCUCGUGGGCACUGACGCCUUUGACAUAGCCACCGAACUUAACAUCCCCUCUUACCUCUACUUCACUUCCACCACCAUGCUCUUGUCCUUCUCUUUAUAUAACUUACCUCUCCUCGACCAGGAGUAUCAGUGCCAGUUCAGGGACCUCCCUGACCUGGUCAAAAUUCCUGGUUGUGUCCCGGUUCACGGGAAAGAUCUGUUGCAACAGGUUCAAGACCGAAACAACGAUGACUACAAGUGUUUCCUCCACCACUCCAAGCGCUAUAGGUUGGCUGAGGGGAUCAUCGAGAACAGCUUCCCAGAGCUUGAGCCGGGGGCUAUUGAGUUGUUGCAGAAGGAUGAACCAGGCAGGCCACCGGUUUACACGGUUGGACCGGUGGUGAAUGAAGACUCAGCUCAAACCGGGGCGAGUGAGUGUUUGGAGUGGUUGGAUGCACAACCACGAGACAGUGUUAUAUUUGUGUGUUUUGGUAGCGGUGGGACCCUGUCUCGUGCUCAGACUAUAGAACUAGCUCUUGGGUUGGAGAGGAGUGAGCAAAGGUUUUUGUGGGUUGUGAGGAGCCCAAAUGAUGAGGUUGCUGAUGCCUCUUUUUUCUCUAAUGAGAGCCAAACUGACCCUCUUGAUUUUUUGCCGAAAGGCUUUGUGGAAAGGACCAAAGAGAGAGGGUUGUUGGUUCUUGAUUGGGCACCACAGGCAAAAGUGUUGAGCCAUGCUUCCAUCGGUGGAUUCUUGAGUCAUUGUGGUUGGAACUCCGUCCUUGAAAGUGUGGCGAAUGGGGUGCCUCUGGUGGCCUGGCCACUCUAUGCAGAGCAGAGGAUGAAUGCGGUCUUGGUCACUGAGGACGUGAAGGUGGCACUGAGGCCAAAGGUAGGGGAGAAUGGGUUGGUGGAGUUGGUAGAAAUUGCGAGAGUUGUGAGGACGUUGAUGCAAGGUGAGGAAGGUAAGAAGCUUCGUUGCAAAAUGAAGGAUCUCAAAGAGGCAGCUGCUACAACUCUAAAGGAAAAUGGGUCUUCAACAAACCAAAUAUUCCAAUUAGCUCUCAAGUGGAAGAAGGGUUAAACAACAUUAUCAAAGUGAAGUCUUGUGCGCUUUUAACUUCUUCAAUUCUCUAUCUCUUUUAUUGUUCUUAUGUAUUGAUUUUUAUUUUUUUGCUUUUUGACGAAGACUUCAUGGUGUGCAUUAUGUUAAGAGUGAAUAUUUGAAUCAUUUGUGAUUAUAUCAAAGAGAUAACUUUAAUGUCA